AUGCCGUGGGAUACGAGUCCAAACAGUGUCCAAGACCGCGGGAAACGCUGCAGGGAACGUUGUGGGAAAUGGCUCCGAGCGGUGGUGGAAACGCUGCGGGAAGCGGAUCCGAGCGGCAGCGCAGACGGCAGGAAACGCCCAGGAAACGGCCCCGAGCGGCAUCAGGGACCACGGGAAGCGCCGCGGAUCCCGCCGCCCCGCGCCCCGAACGCCCUCUUCUCCGGCGCCGCUUUUUCCCGGUGCUUCCGGCGCGGCAAGAAGAGGAGCGGAGGCGGCUCCGGCAUCCGUGGCUGCGGGGCCAUGUAUGAAAUCCACAUUGAAUCCGAGGAAUUCCGGGAGAAGCGGAUGGUGCAGCAGCACCAGAUGGUGAAUCAGGCGCUGAGCGAGGAGAUCAAGGCCAUGCACGGCCUGCGCAUCUUCACCUCCAUCCCCAAGGAGCUGCCUCCGGCCAAGAGCUUGUGCCAGGAGCGGGAAAAUGGGAAGUGA